UUUACUAAGUACAAGUAACACUCUAUACAGGUAGGUCUCAAAUGAUGCAUAAUUUUGUAACUGACAGUGCAAGACAGCCAAAGUUUAGAGGCUUGUGAAUUUGGCAAGGACCCUCGAGAAGCACAUGCAAUACUUGAUGCCUACCUUGCAUGACAAUGCGUGAUAUUAGUCCACAGCAUCUAUUGUUAUCGGAUGUAUUGUGUAAGGUACAGAGCCUGUAAGUCCUGCCCCUGGCUAGUACACAAACAUACAUUGUACAUGUAGGUAUGUACUGAUCCGAAGAGUCUGUGGAUACUGACUUGGGGAAUAGGCACCAUGUAUACCGUAUGGUGCGCUGUUGAAACUUGAAGGUCAUUGUUUUCUGACAUCACUGUAUGACAAACACCUCAGUGAGGGGACCUCCACUGUUGGGAUAAAAGAGAUACCACGAACAGUACUGGACCUUGCUCGCUCAAUGGUUGGUGCCAGAAGUGGGUGGCCAGUGGCAUAAGACUGACCCGUGCUACUCUGGCCCUCAACUGAUCCUUGACUUUAUAGGCAGGGAAGUUACUCUUCACAGGAGUCUCUGUUGGAAGGCCCAACUCACCAGAUUCAGGAAGUGAUUAGUUGCGGCCAAGGAGACAGAUAUGGGAGCUCUGAAAGUACUUGCUUCUUUUGUUCUCAUCGUCACUUUUGGAGUAAGCGACGUUGCAGGGGUCCUGACACUGGAUCAAAAUGGACCUCACGUCUGCGUAAGAACAGAAAGCUAUCACAUCACAAGGCAAGUCACCGAGCAAAGAACUUUUGAACAGAUAUACUACACUGCUUGCACGGACAUCCUUAACUGGUUCCGCUGCACGAGGAGAAGGUUAAGAUACCGCACUGGAUAUGCUCAGAGAGUGAUCACACAGUAUCGGAACGUUCGCGAAUGUUGCAGUGGCUACGCACAAUCUGGAUCAAUAUGCAUACCACUCUGUGCGGAUGGAUGUGUACACGGAGAGUGCACUGCACCGGGCAUCUGUACAUGCAGUGCGGGCUACCGAGGAACCUCAUGCGACAGCCAAUGUGCACCCAAUCAAUGGGGCUCCAGUUGCACCAACAACUGUACUUGCCAGAAUGGAGCGACCUGUGACGCUGGUACUGGGAGCUGCGCCUGUGCCUCCGGUUACCGGGGUAGUAACUGUGAACAUCCUUGCCCGAUUGGGAAUUUCGGUCCCGAUUGUAGUCAGAUGUGCCGCUGUAUGAACGGAGGGACUUGUCAUCAUGUGACUGGUGCCUGUCAGUGUGCAGUUGGCUACCAAGGAGCAUUGUGCGAGAACCUUUGCCCAGUGGGAACUCAUGGACUGAACUGCUCCAUGGUGUGCCAGUGUCAGAACGAAGGAGUCUGCGAUGCGAGGACGGGGGCGUGUGACUGCCCUGCCGGUUUCACUGGAGAGGUGUGCGCACAGGUUUGCCCCAGUGGCACCUACGGCAAGGACUGUGCGCAGUUAUGCCAGUGCUACAACGAGUCGCCAUGCCAAUCGGUCUCGGGCUCCUGCCUGUGCCGCGCCGGUUUCAUCGGGGACCGGUGCGAGAUGCAGUGCCAGUACGGCUACUACGGCCAGCAGUGUAGGGACAGGUGUCAGUGUCAGAACGGCGGGACCUGCUCCAACGUCGACGGCAGCUGCAGCUGCCCUCCUGGCUUCACAGGCACAACCUGCGAUCAGAGCAUUUGCCCACAGUGGCGCUACGACACCAACUGUUCCAGAGACUGUGGCUGCAUCAGGACACACUCAAUUGGAUGUCAUGGUUUGACGGGCCAGUGCUUCUGCAGAGAUGGUUUCAUUGGUACCAACUGCGAGUACGGCUGCCCUCACGGUUUCUACGGCGCGGGCUGCUAUGAGAUAUGCCAGUGUCAGAAUGGCGCACGAUGCAACCGAGUCGACGGAUCCUGUGCCUGCUCCCCUGGAUAUCAAGGAGUCUUGUGUAACGACUCUUGUCCGGUUGGUUAUUAUGGAAGUGGCUGUGCUGGCGUCUGCGACUGCGAAAAUAGUGCAAAAUGUGAUAAUGUGGAUGGCAGCUGCGUCUGUAGUAACGGUUGGCAAGGGUUGAGAUGCAACAUUCCUUGCAAUGCAGGCUUCUACGGCGUGGGAUGUAACAUGCCUUGCCCCUGCGCCAACGGGGCACUCUGCCACCACGUCACGGGCCAGUGCGAAUGCCCACCGGGAUGGACGGGAGAAGACUGCUCUCUGGUUUGCCAGGCCGAGCAAUAUGGUGUGAAUUGCGUGCACACUUGCGGCUUCUGUGAACCGAUGAACUCUGUUGGGUGUAACAGCCGCACCGGAAAAUGCCAGUGUAUCAGCUCCUACUCAGGUGUACACUGUGACAGCCUGUGCCCCCUGGGAACCUGGGGCACGUUCUGUAACGAGACGUGCAACUGCAUGAACAGCGGGUCCUGCUCUGUGCAGGACGGAUCGUGCGAAUGCCAGCCUGGGUUCACUGGGCCCAGUUGCCAGGGCUCUUGUCCGCAAGGGACCUAUGGUCCAAAUUGCAUGCACGGCUGCCCCGCUUGCCCCAACAGCAACUCUUGCCACCCUGUGGAUGGGACUUGCGUGUGCGCCGCCGGUUACAAGGGCAACAACUGUGACCAAGUGUGCGAGAGUGGUCACUACGGAAUAGAGUGCAUGGAGAUCUGCUCGUGUAAGAAUAAUGCCACUUGUAACCCCGUGGAUGGUACAUGCCAAUGUUACCCUGGAUUCACUGGUGUGGACUGCAGUAUGCCUUGUCCAGCUGACAAGUACGGCCUAGAUUGCAUCUUCACCUGCUCCUGUGAGAACGGCGCAACCUGUGAGGCGUACGACGGAGAGUGCAAGUGCGCAGCGGGCUGGACCGGUCUGAGAUGCACUGAAAGAUGCUCACGUGACAGUUACGGACUUAAUUGUAACGAGACCUGCAGGUGUAAUACAACCAACACCAAAGUAUGCAGUCCAGAUAACGGUUACUGUGAAUGUAAGGUUGGCUAUAGAGGACAGCACUGUGAUGAAUUCUGCAGCCAGGGGCAGUACGGAAUGGCCUGCCAGCUCAACUGUGACUGUCACAACGGUGCGUCCUGCAGCCCCUUUGAUGGACAAUGCCAGUGUGGGCCGGGAUGGCUGGGUACCAAGUGCACAGAAAGAUGUCCGUUAGGACAGUUUGGAGUGGACUGCCUGCAAGCGUGUACCUGCCAGUUGGGGGCACCCUGUGAUCAUGUGACUGGAGCCUGUGAAUGUCCUGCUGGGUAUGGAGGUGCCAGCUGUGAGAAAACAUGCAGCGCAGGUUAUUAUGGAAAGAAUUGCUUCCAGAAAUGCAGCUGCGCUAACGAAAACUUUGCAUGUGACAGCAUCAAUGGUUGUGUCUGCACCAAUCCCAAAGAAUAUGGACCAGACUGUCUUAAAGCUGGGGGAAAAGGCGGUCAUACAGACAACAGCGAUGGCCAAGGCGGGGGCCUCUAUGCGGGCAUCGCCGGGGGCGUCCUCUGUCUCAUUGCUCUCAUUCUCCUCCUGCUUCUCUUCCUGAGGAGACGGAGAAAGAACAAGGAGAAGUACGAGGGACCGGGCGUUGUCUUCACCAGGGAUGCAGGCAGCAGCAACUCCACGCCCAACCAUGCCCGCAUCCUCCCCAACGGCACGAUGGGGGCGUCCAACGACCUCAAGCUGCAAAACAACUCACUGUUCGGGGCCCCCGUCAAGAAUGUGGAGCCUGAGGGCGCGUGCGCAGCCGCCAUGGCCCUCGAGAGCAAGGAAGCAGAAGUAGAGGCAACUAACCCUUACCAAUACCGCAUACUGCACAAUCAAGAACCCAGCGAGGCGUACGGUGACGUCAAUCGCUUUGAUGGUCGGGUGCCUAACAAGUUAACCCAUGGCAAGGGCAAAAGGAUAGACAACGACGGCUUCUUGAUCGAGAAGCCAGACCAACCGGAGACUGGCACUCCAGAGAAUCCAUAUGCCGAAGUCAGCGAAAUGAUGUCCAGGAACCAGCCUGGAAACCGCCACACCUUUUCCAAUUUCCCCAGUAACCCCGUCUUCUCCACUAGCAGAGGAGCAACUUUACCCAUUCCUCCAAACUACGACCGACCCAGAGACCAUGCUGACAGCUUUGAUGCCAUGGUUUCAAACUCCGACCAAGAUCCUCUGAGCCACUACUACUCAACCACCAUUAAUGGCUAAAAAAAGUGGGCAGUCCUUUACAAAUUUCCCCGAAAAAUUGUUGGCUUUGUUGAUUUUUUGUAAAGCCUCCCUGUGUCUUUCGUUAUUGUUUUGUUUGUUUCUUUGACCACGAGUGUACAAUUUUGUUGAAUGUGUCACUGCUUGAGAAAAGCUGCAUUUUUAAUGACAGGAAGUGAAGAAGGGUUGUUGAGAUUCAGAAAUCAGCCCGGCAAACACGAGCCGCAAAACAGGAUUCUGAAGGAGUUCCGUUUUCGAAACCCCUUUCUUGUUUUGACUUAACAGAUUUGUGAUUACAGUGGAACGCCGCUAUAGCGAACACGACGAGGUCCACGCCAAAUGUUCGGGACAGCGGUCAUUCGGUACAGCGAAAUUAAUGUAUCUGUUCAUUAUUUUUGUUUUUUAAUAAAUCUUGAGUUACAAAAUUGAUAAUUAGUUUAUCCUAAAAUUUGUGAAGC